AUGCACGCGCUUCGCGCGCUCGCGUCUUCGCAGUUCGCAUCCGCCGCGCGCCGCGUCCGCCGCGCGGCGUCCUCGUCGUCGUCCUCGCUCGUCGCGUCGUCGGCGUCCCCCGCCGCCGCCCCCGCGCGUCGUCGUCGCCGCGCGUCGUCGUCUCCGCGUCGUCGCCCGUCGACGUCGUCGUCGCCGUCGCGUCGCCGGCUCCUCGUCGCCGCGGCGUCGUUCUUCGCGACGCUCGCGCCCGGCCGCGCGUCCGCGGCGCCGGACGCGUCCUCGUGCGAACCACUCGGGAAGUCCUCAUCAGUCGCGAUGCGCGCGGCGGGAGGCGGCGGCGUCGGCGGCGGCGACGACGCGUCCGCGUCCUCAGAGAUCCUCGACCUGUACCCCGGAACCGCGCUGACGCGCAUGGAGAACGCGCGCGAUCGCGCGGCGUCGCUCACGGAGGACCAGCUCUCCCGCGACUGGUCCUCCGUGCGCGCGCUCCUCCUCUGGGCCGCGGGCCUGCGCGACCUCACGGACGUCGCGCCGGGCGCGGGGAACACCGGUCACUGCUUCAACGACUUCAAUCACGUCGACGCGACGACGAUGUCGCUCUCGGUCUCGGACAACGAAAACCGAGGCCAGGUGUCGGGCAUCGCGUUCGGGAACCGGCUCGGACCGGGCAUCAAGGUGGCGUCCGACCCGGACCUCGGCCCGGGUGGGUCGUGGUGCACGUGCGCGCAGGGCGGACGGAGCGAGCCGCCGGAGGACGUGGCGCAUCUGCAGUUUCGCUCCGCCAUCGCGUGGAAGUUAGGCGCGUUCUAUCUCACACUGGGUCCCUCGCUUUCAAUCCCCGCCCGCGAUGCCUUUGAACUCCAUCUGACGCCUAUGAACUCCAACCCGCCAUCGCUUUGUAUGGAAUGGCCCUCAGUGUGGGUGCCGUUCGGCGGGUUCUCUCGGUUCGUCCUCGUCGACGACGCGGGCGCGCAACUCGCGACGGGGGUGCCGACCGGGCCGGGGUUGCCGUCGCAGAGAGAGAGGGAGAUGAACUACGAGAUACUGCGCGGGGGGAGGUACGCGCGCGCGGCGGACGCGUACGCGGCGGCCGGCGCGAGGUGA